CGGAAGUCGAAUGGAAGACGCUUUGAACUGAAUUGUGCGUUUAAUUGACACAGACUAAAACAAACACCAAAGAGGAAGUGAUUGCCAAAACACACUGAAUUUUUAAUUUAUUACUUAGAUCAACUUUAUUAUAUCGUCAUACUGGCCUGUGGAUGAUUGUGAGAUGCUGCACUUUUAAGGCAUACAGUAUUGUGAUAAAGCAAAAGAUAUGGAUGGGCAAGGAAGACCAGAUCCAUACAGGGGGCACAGGGAACAGAUUCCACUUUCAAACAUAAACCCUGGAUAUCAAGAUGAAAUUGUAACAGAUUAUCCACGUGCAUCAUACAGUGAACAUGGACCUGCAAUACCGCUUGAACGAAGAGGUUCUGAUGCUUCGAGUUUUAACUCGGAGACUGGCAUUGGGGUACACAGAAGGUCACAGUGGGCUAAAGAGGAAGGGCCAAGAGAUACUGCUGUUUUGUUAGAAAGUCUUCCUAGCAAACAAUUAGAGAAGAUGGCCAGUGAGAUUGCACAUGGUCAGACAGUGAGAAAGAAAUCCAGUAGAAGGAAAUCUUUUCACCCUAACUUACAUUUUCCACAAGGUAGAGAUGUUUCCGAGGACUUUAUUCGGGCAGUGCAUGAUAAUCCAGAUGCAGCCGAACUUGAAGAUGAUGAUAUCAAGGCCAUGACGAUGAAUCUGUCGCAAAAACGAAGACUUAAGAGUGAAGUAAGCCUUAAGAGAAAACAGCCGAAAACAUUGACACGAUGGAAAAGAUUCAAAUAUAACUGUAGUAUAACUUGGAAACACUUUAAAUAUAAUCUAGCUGAGUUUGGAUACUUCCUAAAACUAUGGAGAGGUCACAUGAAGAAGAUAGAAGGUCAUUUUGGUACAGGAGUACUCUCGUACUUCCUGUUUCUCAAGUGGCUAUUUUACAUCAAUAUACCUGUGUUUGUGCUGACCUUUGGCUUCGUGAUACUGCCUCAGAUCCUGUAUAGACACAUGGUCCAGGAAGGGAAGGCAUACCCACAGAAUGUAUCGUUUACCGGAAAAGAGCUGCUUACUGGAGCAGGUUGGUUUGAAGAGACAGAGUUGUAUUAUGGUUACUACACGUAUGAGACAUUCAGCAUCACUAAAGACUCGUACUACAACAUGAAAUAUGCUUACCUGUUUACAUGUGGAGGGUACUACCUCCUCUGUCUGAUUAUUUUAGCUUUAAGUAUAUCAAAAUCCUACAAGAAGAAUUACAUAGAGGGUAGUGGAGCCUUCGAUUUCUACUAUGUGAGUCGAGUGUUCUGUGGAUGGGACUAUGGUAUUACAGCCAAAAAUUCUGCUACGCUGAAACAUAAAGGAAUAUUUAAUGAACUUAAAGAAUAUUUAUCUGGUUCGAGAAAAGAAGAGAAGGAAAAAACAUUUGGCGAGAAAUGUAAAUGGUUCAGUAUACGAGUGGUGACAAAUCUUCUGAUUCUGGGCAUGAUAGGUGGAUCUGGUUAUCUUAUCUUCUACAUAUCAGAUACUCAGUCUGUUAAUGUUGACAUUCCUGUUCUUAGUGAGAUGGCAAUGCCAUUGUGUGUGUCUGGAGUAAAUCUUGUGCUUCCAUUUAUAUUCUCUGUAAUUGCUAGAGUGGAGAGUUACGAAAAACCAAAAAACGAGCUAUACAUAAAUAUGACAAGGACCAUGUUAUUAAAAGCUGUCACUCUGGGUGUGCUGGUGUAUUUCUGGUAUCAGAGGCUAGAACAUAAUUGUAGAGAGACCUUUAUUGGCCAGCAAAUAUACAGGCUAGUGAUUGUGGAUUUCAUCUUUAUACUGCUUACAACAUUCUUUGUUGAGUUUGUUAGAAGGUUAAUGAAAGAGUAUUGCUGUAAAUCUUUGAGUUAUCCAGAGUUUGAGAUAGGCAGGAACACACUGAACCUGAUCUACUCACAGGCACUAUGCUGGCUAGGGAUGUACUUCGCACCAAUGUUGUCACUCAUUAUGAUCAUCAAACUUUUCAUCAUCUUUUAUGUCAAAAGAGUAAGUGUGAUACAGAAUUGUAAACCAUCACUACGACCUUGGCGAGCAUCCAGGGCACACACGAUCUUUAUGGGCUUUCUCUUCUGUUUCUUUAUAAUGGCAACAGCCGCUGUUGCUUGUGCCAUAAUAUUUUUAAAGCCAAGCACAGACUGUGGUCCUUUCCGGAAUCACACAACAAGCUAUGAGGUUGUGGAGCAACUUGUAGAGGGCUGGAGGAAUAAAUACGAAGUGUUGCAUACCAUCAUCCAAGUUAUCUCGUCUUCCGGCUUUAUCGCUGCCACACUAGUGGUACUGUUAGUGUUGACGUACUAUAUGAGGAUUGUGAUGGUAGGACAUAAAGAGAUGGUAGACUUGCUCAGACAACAGCUUUCUAUGGAGGGUAGAGACAAGGCAUAUUUGUUGAACAUGUUGCAAGCUGCUAACAAGAAACACAAAGAUCGUCCAAAAGGUCCGAAUCGUAUACUGUCUUCUGGGUCAGAGGCUUCGGGGACUCUAACCAGCACGGCACCAGAUGGCAGCCAAGCAACAGUUUCAGCAGAAGUGCACAAUGACUGUGAUGUUAUGUUAUGAAACCAGUCUGUUAUCAUGUAUGUAACCAGUCUAGGUGGUAGACAAUUUGUGAAACAAUUAGCGGCAACAGCAGACAAGAUUAAAGACGGGAACGCACAACAGCAAACACGACGGAGAAAUCGAGAUGGAGCAGGAGCUGGGGCAGCCUCUUCAUAAUCAUGCCAUGUACUUCAUGUAUUCCCUGUUAUGACUUAAAUACAGUGAAACAACACUCGCUCAAGCAUUGAUGAUGCAAGCACCUGGGCUCACUUGAGUAAUGUGUCUCUCAUCAUUUUCCUUAGAUUUUCUAUGUCUGGAUUGGUUGUAACAGUGGAUGACAGUAGGAUUUUGCUCAUUCCUUUUUGAUAUCAAGCAAAUGGUGUUUUACUGUAAUGCAGGAAAAUCAAUUAUACAUUAGAAUGCUUCUAGCAUUUUGAGUGAUUGUGCGAAUGCACAUUUUUGUCAUUGAAAUAACUACACUAAGUCUUACUUCUUCUGACAAAGCACAAAUAUUAUCAAUGGCUUCCCAGGCUACUUGAAAUAUAUGAAUGUCAUAUAAUUGUUAUACACAGUAUUUUUUGUACCUCAUUGAAAAAGUUUUAUAUUGCGUAAAUGUCGUAGUCUUUGAAAUAAGAGAAUCAGAGUUUUAGAUUUCUGUUCUUAUGAAGCCUAAGCCUGGUCUGCAAUAAAUUAAAACUUUUUUGAACAAAAUUUUAUAUUCUUUACAAGUUUUUGGGGCUUCAGUUUGAACAGUCAAACCAGAGAACAAAGACAACUUGGCUUUAAAGUCCACUUCAUUUAGGAUUUAAAUCUUUACAGUACUUACAGAGCUUUUUUAUUUGUGAAUAGAGCUCGUGCUAAAUAUGACCUUUUCAUAUAUAUUCAGGUUUGACUAUUUUGUUUUAUUUUGCACAGUCAUUUUGAAUAGAUGAAACUUUAUUCAUACUAUCCAGAUAGCAGAUUGCAUUUGAUUAAACAGAAAAGAAAAAAAAAAACAUUGUUACAGAAUGCAGAAUAUAGAACUAUGACAUAUCAGAGUUUUAUCAUUUUUCUAGGGAUAAACAAUCCCAGACAUUUUAUCUUUGUUGAAGAAAAAAAAGAGCAACUAGGGAUAAUACUUGGCUCUUACACAGGUGACCUUAAAAGGACACUGUACCAGAUAAGAUGAACAUUGAAAUUUCACGGUUUUUAAAAGGUAGCAAUUCAUGAUAGAUUAAAAAUUUCCCGAAACAUUCAGAUUUCUUUCUAUUAUUAUAAUUGCUUACUAAUGAAAGCAUUUUCUAAACUUUGAAAAAUUUUACCCAAAUCCAGAGGCAUGCAGCUUUCACCACCAAUUUUGCUUUAUUCAGGGUGAGAGUAAGUGAAAUUUGCAUAAUAAAAAUAAUGUGUUAUAGAUGUGUUGUAAUCUUGUAUGCACAAAUAUCUUUGUAUUUUCUCAUAAAAUAUGUCAAAGUGAUCUGACUUUUUAAUGUAUUACAUUUUUACCACUACAUUUCAUUAUGUUUCAAAAUAGGCUUUCCCCAAAUUAUUGUAUGGGUUGUAGCACGGUUGUGAUCAGUGAUAUUAUAUUUCACCUUGUACAUAUUAUGUAAGGAAGAAUUUUGUGUCUUGUUGUAUGUCUUAGAUUAAAAAAAAGUGACUACUUAAAACACUAAAAUCAUAUGCUUAUCCUCUUUCACAGAAUAUUUUCGCAUGUGAGGAUGGUGUCAGUUCCUCAUGUGGGGAAGUUGUCUGAUUCAUGUGUCAUUUUUACAAACAGAGUUGCAUACAUAUGCAGAAUGUUUAGAAUUGACCUCACAUAUUGCUGUAAAUUGUAAUACUUUCAUUUAUUUUUAUGCAUCAACCUUGUGUAUUCUGUCUCCUCUUGCUCUGUGAUAAAUAUCCUCGUAUGUUAUGUCUUUCGAAUUUCACUCUGGCCCUCUCAUCUGGGUUCAAAACCUUGCUUGUUGUGUAGGAUUCUACGAUGUGAGGAAGCAGUCUAGCUGGUUUAUGGAAGGUUGGUGGUCAGAAAUAAUGCCGGCAACAGCCCCUUGGGUCUUUCACCAACAUCAAAAGCUAGAAAGUCACCAUGUGACCUACGUUCAUUCUUUAUCAGCCCUUCUUUCACAAAGUUUAAAUCGAAAAUAUUUCAGCCCACAUUUUAACAUAUUCUGUAAAUGUCAUGUUGUUUUUAAAAAAAAUAGCGAUUUCUUUUUUUGCUAGCAAAAUAGCAACUUUUCAAACUAAGAUAUCACGUUUUCCUAGCAAAAGUUUUAUUCAGAGGGCAAUUUUUGAUCCAAUUUUGGUAAGAGUUUUUUAAACAGUAUAAAAAAAUGCAGUUGAAAAUCAGCAUUUUGGUUAUUUUCAAUCAAGUGUCAUCAAAAUUACUUCUCACUAUAUGUAUUUUCAUUCAGUCUAAUUUGACAGAAUACGUCUUGGAUUGUGACUGUGCAAAUUUGAAGUCACUUCAGUCAAAUUUCUAUGUAUUUACAUCUUACAGUGUCAAAUAAAAUGAAAAUUUUGUUGCCUACAUAAAGGAAUGAACAUACAUUGCAAACAUAAAAAAACUUGGAAAAAAUGUGUUUCAAAUAGCGCAAUAGUCCUAAAAUGUAUCUUAAAUAUACUGUAUAUGUCAUAUUUGUAGGGAUAACGCAUGUUUUUUUGUGUUAUAACAUCUGCAGAAUCCCAAGGGAUUGGUUGGUGCCCGAGCCUGGUAGGGCGAGGGUACAAAUUUUUCCCGAGGGAUACUGAAGAUGUUGUAACACGAAAUGAACAUGCGUUAACGCUAUUCUAACAUAAAAUGCAUAAAAAACUAAUAAACGAAUAAAUUAUCCCUCAACGUCAUUAACUUUUCAUGAAACACGCGGGAAUGUCUGCGUUGUUUUUUCACGUUGACGUCAUUUCCUUUUGAAUUAUCCGUUUUGGGGCCGUAAUGCGUUUAUGCUUUGCCACAGAACACGCAUAUAUAAAAAGGUGUUAUAACAGCACGUGAGCCUGAGAAUCUCUCUGUUAACACACGUUUACUCUCCUGUUAAAACCCCCGAAAAGUGACAAGAACAGCAAUUUUAUGUUAGAAUACAUGUACAUGUAUAUGUGUGUGAGACUUUAUAGCGAAAAACACCUCUUACAGGUAUCAUUUUUAAGUUGAUUUCAUGUCGUCUUGAAGUAAAAGGCUUCUAAAGUCCCUUUGAAUUUGAGGAAGUUAAUCGAGUUCAAGAUAUCCAGUUGGAACUGUACUUUGAAAUUGUUUAAAUGUAAAUGUUUCACAGACAAAAUCAAAAUUUGUACAUAUUAUUAGUAAAUUAACAGCAGUAAUUCAGUCACAGAAGCUGAAGGAAUGAUUGUCUUUUGUCAAAUGCCUGAGCUGCCCUGUUCUCUUUAUAUUUUAUACGUCAGUGAAUUUGUAUCCCAAAUUAAUAGAUAUUCAAGUUAAAUUUACACUGAAAACUUCUUGUACAACUAAAUUUUGAUUUUGCCAGAACUUUGUUUAUAGUGCAUAACAAAUGUUUUACACCUGCAGACAAAAUUAUAUUUUCGGGGAAGUUUUGAUUGUUAGGAGCCCUCCAUUGUCAAUGGUAAAGGUUACUGACUUUGAACAGCUUGCCGCUCACUACUGCAAGUUUGAAACAUUGCUUUGGAUGUUGGAAUCUUUUUUACAAGGAAGUCAUUCAGCUUGCAUGCUGAAAGGUACCGUAGAUGGUUCUACAGAGUUAACUGCCUGUGACUGAAAUAAUGCAAGUAUGGGUACCAUUGAUCUUUGUCUAAAAGCAGGAAAGUUACUGUAUGACAUAUCAUUGUUUUGUUGUGAAUUAAAACCCAACAAAUCAAAUCUUGAUUUACUCAAGUGAAUAUUAUUAUAGCCCUUUGGUCAGUAUUCCUCAACAACUCAAGUCUGGAAAUAUGACUCUCAAAAUUUAGAAUAAGUACAGAUUGUAAUGAAAUUUUGUAUAAAUAUGCCUCCAGACCUAGUUUUACACAUCCCAGAAAAAAAAUCUUCAGUUAAUAUGAACAACCAAAACAAAGUUAUGGCAAAUUCAGUGUUUUGGGCCCUAUUGCCGCUAGUCCUUUUUAGACUCCAAUAUAUUACUGAAUGUGGACCCAGGUAAUAAAAGGACCAUCAGGCAACGACUUAAAACUGGUUUUGUUGAACAUGCAAUAAACUGAUGCAUGUUUGUUUCUAUAUGCAAAAAUGCACAGAAUACACAAUAUAUUUUGAUAUGUGCAAUGUUUGAAUUAAAUAGCUAUUAAGUUUUCUUGAUUGUAUUCUCUUUAUUUAGCAUAUUUUAAAGUUGUUGAAAUAAUUUUAUAUAUAAAUAAACAGAUAUACAUUA